AUGUAUCUCCCGACUGAAUUAAUACUUCAGAUCGCCAAACACUGCGACUUUGAGAGCCUAAAGUCUCUUCGAUAUAUUGGUCCCGAAUUCGACAACGUGGUGAUCUCGUUAGUAUUUGAACAUAUCACACUACGCACUAUUACUGAAGAGAUGAUUGACCAGCUCGAACUCAUCCUUCAGAAUGAACGCAUACGAAACCGCAUCAAGAGAUUGACAUGGCAACCCACAACCAUUAUCACCACUGUCGCGGGCGCGAAAAAUGUCUGUUCCUGCUCGCUACACCUAUGGGCAAGGCUUGGAGGAUCUGAUGAGCCUACUCGACGGUUGGGCAGUGCCGUCGGCCGAAUAGUUCGCGAAUGUCCUAAUUUUCAACGCGUGGACAUCAUCGGCCGCGAGUCUGCUGGAAGAUACAGCCAUUCGCUGCUUUACGACGGUAUCCUGCCGUCGUGUUCGUUUACGACGGAUCCGGUCACUCAACUCAAAAGAAUUACGCUGCAAAGGCGCGAUUCGUCCGCAUCACUGCAGCCUCAAAACUGCACUAUGGAGGACUUGGGUACUUCGGAUAAAGAUUUGAAUGCCUGGAAUUCGCAACCAGGUGACACGCACGAUCGACCAUGCUUCCAACAAUUUACUGACUCCAUUCAGCGAUUUUCCCACCUGCGGCAUCUCAACAUUGAGCUGGUGAAACCGAACUACAACCAGACCCUCCUCGACUGGACAUCCAUCUAUCUACCAUAUCUCGAGGCUAUAAAUAUAAGUAAUAUGAGCUUUGAGCUAUCUAGCAUGCGGCAUCUACUGCUCACGCACUACGAUAGCUUGCACAAGAUCGAACUCUCCUUCGUCGGGAUCGCUUAUACAGUUGGAUCCUCAAACGACGUCAGCAUCUUCAGCCGUUGGUCCAGGCUUCUAGACGAUCUAGCUGGCCUACCACGCAUUAAAGGCGGGCCAAGCAUCUUCAGAAUGCGCAAGGUUGGAUACCACGGUUACAAAAAGCAAGAAUCCUUCUUUGCGCAAGAUCCCAACCAAGUCUGGCCGGAACCGUGCCGAGGAGUACGUCGGUCUCUGUCUUGGCCAACGGUCAUGCUCGGCGAUAAAGAUCGGUGCAAGGACACCUGGGUGGGCAAGGAUACGCUCAGUUGGUAUCGUAUCUGUGGUGAUAUUAUCUCCCAGCGAUGUCGGCGAGGUAUGGACACCACCGACUUUGAAAUCUUUUACAGCUUUCCGGAAGAUAUAAUCCGGCCACGUAUAGUCUCACUCCCACGCGUCUUGCCAAUUCAAGAAGUGAAUGGCUAUGCCGAUGACGAAGACGAUGGCAAUGAAGAUGAGGCCUCGAGAACGGACAGCGAGGAAUACUGGAGGGCGCGCCUCUCUUAA